AUGGUUGACGACAACAGCACCACUGAAAGGGUAGAAGCUUCUGAGGGAGGACAACUUCAAAAUGAUCUUGUCCUAAGACUUGAGCGUAAGAUUUCGCAAUUGGAAGAAGAGGUAGCUCACAUGCGUGAUUUGGCCAAGUUGUCUAUCUCUCUUGGAACUCAAUUUGGAGAAAACAUAGACAAUCCUCCUAACCAAACAGCCACGCCAAACAAUCCUCCAAUCCAUAUAUCCCCAUCUGAACCCAUUCGUCCAAAUACCUUUCCACCACCCCACGCCCAAAAUACCCAAGUUCCAUUUCACCACUAUUACCAACAUACCAAACCAACCUUCCCAGAAACAACCCCAAACACAAAUAUCCCAUAUACUUUUGGGAACAAUAAUCCCAAUCCCAUAUACGUUGAAACUGCCCCUCUGACUCAUGACCUCCAUGAAUCAGAGUCCCAUCAGAAAGACAUCCUAAUAAAAACCCUGACUGAGAGAUUAGACAACUUGACCAACAGGGUACAACACGUGGAAGGAAACAAGAAGUUGGGAGGAUUGGGCUAUGAGGAUCUGUGCAUGCAUCCUGAUGUGGAACUGCCCGAAGGAUACAAGCUUCCGAAGUUUGAGACAUUCAAUGGCAUUGGGGAUCCCAAAGCCCACCUACGAAUGUAUUGUGACAAACUUGUAGGGGUGGGGAGAGAUGAGAGGAUACUCAUGAAGUUGUUCAUGAGGAGUCUUACUGGGGAGGCCCUAUCAUGGUACAUUGAGCAAGACCCGCGGAAAUGGAUAAAAUGGGUUGAUAUGGCAACUGACUUCAUGAAUAGGUUUGGUUUCAAUAUUGAAAAUGCGCCUGAUUGGUUUUACAUUCAGAACCUAAAGAAGAAACCGAGUGAAUCCUUCAGAGAAUAUGCCAUAAGAUGGAGGUCUGAGGCGGCUAGGGCCAGACCCCCUAUGGAAGAAUCUCAAAUGAAAGACUAUUUCAUCCGUGCCCAAGAACCACAAUACUAUGACCGAAUGAUGCUGGUGGCUGAAAAGAGUUUCGCUGAAAUCAUCAAACUAGGCGAAAGAAUUGAAGAAGGCAUAAAGAAUGGGACUAUCAUCAACUUGGAGGCUUUACAAGCAACCAACAAGGCUCUGCAAUCUGGUGGAAUGACAGAGAGUCGAAAGAAAACAGGUUCUGUAAUGAUGGCUCAUGGAACUAGGACCCCUUUGAGGCACAAGACAACAAACCCACCACCAUCCCCAUACCCUCACACCCCAUACCCUCACACCUCAUACCCUCAACAUCCCUCAGCUCCACCCCCUAUAUCUCCCCAACCCGUGCCAAUAUAUUACCAAAACGCUCCUCCUCAAUACUUGCAUGCCUCAUAUCCUGUCUAUAAUGUUCAACCAACACACUUCCAAACUCCACCACCUACUCAAACACCAAAUUACCGAAACAGACCUUCCUAUGAAAGAAGACCUACAAAAACCUAUACCCCUUUGGCUGAACCCAUAGCACAGCUUUAUGAGAGACUGAAACAGGCUGGGUACGUCUCUCCAAUUCCUGCAUUACCUGUGGAUGUUCGCGCGAAAUGGUACGACCCUAACAAGGUCUGCGCCUACCAUUCUGGGAUGAAGGGCCACACCACCGAAGUUUGCAGAGCCCUUAAGGAUAAGGUUCAAAUGUUGAUUGAUACAAAAACCAUCCAACUGAAGGAUCCUACACCGAAUGUCGCGAAUAAUCCUCUCCCUAACCAUCAAGUCAACAUGGUGGAAGCUGGUGAUGUCUGGGAUUGGGAAGAAUCUAUCUGGGCCGUCGAAACAGAAGAAGCCAUGUCUACCACUGCCCAAGCACCACUAAUAGUGCAAGGACUCGCCCCAUUUGAAGUAGAAGUUGCUGCACCCAGACCACCAUUCGCUGUCUAUAAGGCAUCCUCCCCAAUACAAUGUGACACACAUGCUGUACCUUGGGAUUACAACAAAAGAGAAACAAAUGUGGAAGAGACAGAUGUUGCAACAGGGGUCACCAGAUCUGGAAGAAUUUACAUUUCUGGAAAUUUGGUUCAGGGAAGCUCUAGCAAAUCCAAAGCACCAGUCGUAGAGCUCGAGGAUCAAAGUAUUUGGAAAAAGGUUAAAGCUAAAGAAUACUCUGUCAUUGAGCAGCUGAGUAAAACCCCUUCCCAAAUAUCAAUUCUGGAGUUACUGCAAUCUUCCGAAACUCAUCGAGAUGCCCUUCUGAAGAUCCUUGGUGAAGCUUAUGUCCCAUCUAACAUCACUCAUGGAGAGGUAUCCCAAAUGGUGGGGCAGGUCUUUGAGGCUUACAAAAUAUCUUUUCACAAAGAUGAGCUGCCAAUCGAAGGAACAACUCACAAUAAAGCUUUGUACAUUUCGGUUCAGUAUCAGGAUAAGGUGAUAAACAAAGCAUUAGUUGAUGCAGGUUCAGGUUUAAACAUUUGCCCUCUGAGCACACUGACGAGGCUGGGUGUGGAUAGUGCAAAAAUUCAGACAUGGAAGAUGAAUGUGAGGGCAUUUGAUGGCUCUCAGAGAGGCACUAUUGGGGAGAUAACCUUGGACAUGCUCAUUGGUCCUGUCACUUUCCCCAUAGCUUUCCAAAUUUUGGACAUCCCUUCAUCGUACAACUUAUUGUUGGGUCGUCCAUGGAUUCAUAUGGCUGGAGCGGUUCCAUCUACUCUUCACCAAUGCCUGAAGUUUGAAUGGGAUUACGAAGAGGUUGUGGUCCAUGGGGAAAAGGGGCAUCCUGUAUACACGAUUGAAGGAAGAGAGAAUAUGGAUGGCGAAAUGUACCAUACAGUGGAGCUUGUUGGUAAUAUUGAGUUGCAACCUUGGUUCAGCCAAAAGAUCAUAGAUAUGAUGGCAUGGUUCGGUUUCGAGCUUGGGAAAGGUUUGGGGGCUGAAUUACAAGGGAUAGUCGAACCUAUACAGCCUGUUCGACAUUCCACCACUUUUGGUUUGGGGUAUAAGUACACCACCGAAGAAUGGCUCGAUUGGCGACCACCUAGAGAUGGGUACUACUAUCCAUUGAAGAAACCCAUACCGCCAUUGUAUCAAUCAUUUCGAUCAGCAGGUUUCAUGGGAGGCAGUAUUGAUGAGAUCUCAGACGACUUGAAGGGGUUAUCGCUAACCAAAGAAGAGGGGAAAGUUUGCAACGUCGUGAUCAACGAGGAGGAGAAAGGGGGCCCUAGUGGAAGCAAGGAAGCAAAGAUCAGCGUCAGCAACUGGACCUCGACUCCAUCCAGACCUCGUCGAGCAUCUGGCAAAAUUCAUUAUAAAAAUGUCGAAUCUGAGACUAUGGCAUACAAUGAGACUGCUCAACUUAACAUUAAUGACUUAGAAGAAGUCGAAGACAAUGAGGUUCCCGAGGAGUUAAUCAAAAGGGUUGAGGAGUUCGAGGAAAAACCCAAUCCAAAUUUGGUAGAGACAGAAGUGGUGAAUUUGGGAAAUGCAGAGGUGAUACAAGAAACCCGGGUAAGCAUCCACAUGACAAAAGAAGACAAGAAAGAGUACACCGAGUUUCUCAUAGAGAAUAAGGAUAUUUUCGCGUGGUCCUACGCAGACAUGACAGGGCUAAGUACUUCAAUCGUAGCCCAUCGACUGCCCACUGAUCCAGCAUGUCCUCCGGUAAAACAGAAGCUGAGAAAAUACAAGCCCGAGAUGAGUUUGAAAAUCAAAGAAGAAGUAUCAAAGCAAUUAGAUGCUGGGAUACUCCAAGUGACAGAAUACCCAACUUGGCUUGCAAAUGUCGUUCCAGUGCCCAAGAAAGACGGCAAGGUCAGAGUUUGCGUGGAUUAUCGAGAUCUCAAUAAAGCUAGCCCUAAAGAUAACUUUCCAUUACCAAACAUACACAUACUGAUUGACAAUUGUGCUAAGCACGAAACUCAGUCAUUUGUGGAUUGCUUUGCCGGCUAUCAUCAAAUUGAGAUGCACAAAGACGACGCUGAGAAAACUGCCUUCAUCACGCCGUGGGGCGUCUAUAACUACAAGGUAAUGCCUUUUGGAUUAAAGAACGCUGGGGCUACGUACAUGAGAGCGAUGACUACUUUGUUUCAUGACAUGAUCCAUAAGGAAAUUGAAGUUUAUGUGGAUGAUGUCAUCAUCAAAUCAAAGGAAAGUUUAAAUCAUUUGGAGGAUUUACGGAAAUUCUUCGCCAGGCUACGCAAGUACAAUCUGAAACUGAAUCCGGCAAAAUGUGUCUUUGGUGUGCCCGCUGGAAAGCUUUUAGGUUUCAUUGUCAGUCGUCGAGGUAUAGAAUUGGACCCGUCGAAGAUCAAAGCCAUUCGUGAUCUUCCCCCACCAAAGAGCAAGAAGGAGGUAAUGAGUUUCUUAGGGCGACUCAACUACAUCAGUCGUUUCAUUGCUCAGUCUACUGUCAUCUGUGAACCUAUCUUCAAGCUGUUAAAAAAGGAUGCUGCAGUGAAAUGGACAAGUGAAUGUCAACAGGCAUUUGACAAGAUCAAAGACUAUCUAUCCAAUCCUCCUGUAUUGGUGCCACCAGAGUCAGGUAGACCAUUACUUUUGUAUAUUUCAGUAUUGGAUAAUGCUUUCAGUUGCAUCUUGGGACAACACGAUGAGACAGGGAGGAAGGAGCAAGCAAUAUAUUAUAUGAGCAAGAAGUUCACAUCGUGCGAAGCCCGAUACUCUCUAUUAGAGCGUACCUGUUGUGCUCUAACAUGGGUUGCCCAAAAGUUACGACAUUACCUCUCAUCGCAUACUACUUAUCUGAUUUCAAGGAUGGAUCCUUUGAAGUAUAUCUUUCAAAAGCCCAUGCCCACAGGUAAACUGGCAAAAUGGCAGAUAUUGUUGAGCGAAUUUGACAUAGUGUAUGUCACACAAAAAGCAGUGAAAGCACAGGCAUUAGCCGACCACAUGGCAGAGAAUCCCGUGGACGAUGAUUACAGGCCGUUGAAGACUUACUUCCCAGAUGAAGAGGUGGCCUUUGCGGGAGAGGAUAUUUCUGAAGAACAUGAUGGAUGGAGAAUGUUCUUUGAUGGAGCUAAAAAUCUGAAUGGAACCGGCAUCGGGGCUGUUUUGAUCUCACCCACUGGGCAGCAUUAUCCAGUAUCGGCAAAACUCAGAUUCCUUUGCUCAAAUAAUAUGGCCGAAUACGAAGCCUGCAUACUAGGUCUCCGACGGGCGAUUGACUUGGAUGUCCAGAAAAUGCUAAUAAUAGGGGAUUCAGACCUAUUGAUCCAUCAGGUUCGAGGUGAUUGGGCAACAAAAAAUCGAAAGUUGUUACCAUAUUUGGAAUGCGUGCAUAGGCUAUGUAAAAGGUUUGUCAAAACAGAAUUUAGACAUGUACCAAGGGUCCAAAAUGAAUUCGCAGACGCCUUAGCUACUCUGUCUUCUAUGAUUCGACACCCUGAUCACAAUUACAUCGAUCCUAUUCACAUUCAUAUACAUGAACAACCAGCUUAUUGUUUCCAUGUUGAGGAAGAGCCUGAUGGAAAACCCUGGUACGAUGACAUUAGAAGAUAUUUGAAGAGUGGUGAAUACACAGAAGAUGCAACAAGUGUACAAAAGCGUACAAUUCGAAGGUUAGCAACCCAAUUCUUUUUAAGUGGGGAAAUCCUCUAUAGGAGAACUCCCGAUUUGGGACUGCUAAGAUGCGUCGAAGCAAGAGAGGCUCGCAGGCUGGUCGAAGAGAUACAUGCAGGCACCUGUGGCCCUCACAUGAACGGUUUUACAUUAGCAAAGAAGAUUCUGAGAUCAGGAUAUUAUUGGCUAACUAUGGAGACAGACUGCAUUCGCUACGUCCAGAAAUGCCAUCAAUGUCAGACUCACGCAGAUAUGAUUCGAGUACCUCCCAACGAACUCCAUGUCACUAGUUCACCUUGGCCGUUCGCAGCAUGGGGCAUGGAUGUCAUUGGUCCAAUCGAGCCAACAGCAUCCAACGGGCACAGAUUCAUUCUUGUCGCAAUUGACUAUUUCACCAAGUGGGUUGAGGCCACCUCCCAUAAAUCAGUGACAAAGAAAGUUGUGGAUGACUUUGUCAAAAACAACAUUAUUUGUAGGUUUGGAAUUCCUGAGUCAAUCAUCACCGAUAACGGCACCAACCUAAACAGUGACCUGAUGAGAUCAAUGUGUGAGAAGUUCAAGAUCAGUCAUCGAAACUCUACAGCAUACAGGCCACAGAUGAAUGGGGCUGUUGAGGCAGCAAACAAAAACAUCAAAAGGAUAUUGCGCAAGAUGAUCGAUAAUCACAAACACUGGCAGGAAAAGCUACCUUUCGCAUUGCUGGGGUAUCGUACCACAAUCAGAACUUCCACAGGGGCCACACCUUACUUCUUAGUAUACGGCACUGAAGCUGUGAUACCCGCCGAAGUAGAGAUACCUUCCCUAAGGAUCAUCCAAGAAGCAAAGUUGAGUGAUGCUGAUUGGAUACAAGGUCGGGCAGAGAAUUUAGCAUUAAUAGAUGGAAGAAGAAUUAACGCCAUUUGUCAUGGUCAGCUCUAUCAGACUAGAAUGGCCAGAGCUUUCUACAAGAAGGUUAAACCCAGACAUUUCUCACCUGGGCAACUGGUUUUGAAGCGGAUUUUUCCAAAUCAAGACGAGGCAAAGGGUAAAUUUUCACCAAACUGGCAAGGUCCGUACAUAGUCACUCGAGUACUGACAGGCGGAGCCCUCAUACUUGCAGAAAUGGAUGGAGAAGUUUGGCCAAAACCUAUCAAUUCAGAUUCUGUGAAAAAGUAUUACAUCUAG